AAACACAUAGCGAUGGCGAGGAAGUGCCCAGUAUGUGGCUCAAAGAAGUGGAAGAGAGACAGAAUCACAGGAAGCGCAAUAUGCGAGGACGGCCAUGUUCUCCAAGACUUCCGCUCGGAGCUGCACGUCGUGGACGGAGCUGUCAACUAUGCUCUCACAAGACGAAGACUGGCCAAGGCUCCUCGGUAUAAUAAGCGGAAAAUGGAGGGGCGAAGGAAUCAAGAAUUCUUUCAUGGAUCCCAAGCAGAGAUUCUGAAGCUGCAGGCCUUCCAAUUGCUGCUGAGGCACCAAGUCCAUGCUCUGAAGAAGUUAUGGAAUCUUCCAGAUGCGUUUGAGAUGAUCGUAAAAGACCUUUGGACCUACCAACUUCUUAUAUCCACUCUUCCAGAAUUACCACUCCCCCAAAAGCCUGAAGAACAAGAAUCUGUACGCCCGGCUACGCCCCCACCUAUCCCAUAUAAUCACCCCGAGUUCAAAUAUGUCGUUGAAGAAGACGAGGAACAAGAUUCUGAAGACGAGAUUGUACAACAUCCUGAUCCAUAUCAACGAUAUCCUGAUUCUGAAGACUCCGAAGUUUCCAAAUCUGAUAAUGAUGAAGAAGAAGACGAGAGUGAAGAAGGACCCUAUGUGGAUCCGGAGAUAAUAAAGCGCUUAGAGGAAUCAGAUAAGGAGGAGGAAGUCAAUCAGUCAAAUAUGGAUGAUAAGAAAAAAGGAGAUACUCGAUGGAAGAGGAAAAGACGGUUGCGAGUUUCGGACACUAUUACCACACUCGUGGUCGCCCUCUGGAUAAUUAGAGUCCCAAUUAUGGGUCUAGAUAUUGAACGUUUGAUAAGUACUAUGGCAAUACCUUUCAUCGACUUUGGUCAAACCACAUAUAUCCCUGAUGAAAUGAAAAAACACAUGAAUAAAGAUGUCAUGCAAGCCCUUACACCAUCCCACUCCCCAACUCCAAUUAAAAUCCACGAUUCUUGCCGUAUCUUUGCGCGAAUACUUAAACGAAAAUAUGGAGUGCAAAUACCUCCGUUCAAUCUUUAUCCGGUCAGCUGGCGGAUCAUUUCCUAUUUGGGAGGCAAUCCUGCAAUACAUCAAAUGACUAUCCGCCUUUUACGUCUCAUGAACAUUAAUUUUCGCCUCAUCACUCGUCAAAUCGCUCUUGUCACGCGUCCCGUCCGAGGUCGUAGAUUAGGGGACAAUUCGAUACCAACUAAGAAUGAUGGGAAAAGGAGGAGGACAGGAAGUCCUGAAAAAGAUGGACGAGGAGGGAAAAUGAAAGGAAAGGAGAAGGAGAUGUUGAGUGAUAACGAAGUGGAUGACGAUGACACGGAAGAGGAAGAAGAAGAAGGAGAAGAAGGAAGAGGCGCAAGAAGCAAGGAGAAGGAAAAGGGAAAGGAGGUAUGGGAAACGUACGAGAGAACUAAGAUGAUGUACGAUGAAUUGCCGCCAGAAGUCAGCGUGGCUGCGGCAUGGGUCAUUGUGAUGAAGAUGCUCUAUGGAUUAGACGGUCGGCCUAGGAAGGCAAUUGUGUCUGAGGACCCUGCUAUUGGUCUUCCUCAAGAAGCCCCUUGGUUGAAAGAGCUUUGCGAAAGAUUCGAGAAUGGUCUGUUUAAGACUCGCGACAGAGGACCUUCCAAGAAACUCAACUUUAUGACUAUGCCGGAGGACGGGCUCGAUGCAUUCCUCAAUAAAAGUGAAGAAAUCCUUCUAGACCACCGAGCGCCUGUGCCAGAUGCCAAUCGCUUUCCUCUUCCUCCUUUCAAGCCGCAACAACUGCCGAUAAUCCCACCGAACACCUGGGCAGCGCAUCACUCUUCAUUGCUAAUGAUCCCACAUACCGAAAUCUCACCUUUGACUCAUUCGAGUGAACCACUUCCCCUUAUGCCUGGCGAAAAGAUCCGCUCAUAUUCAACAUCCGAUCGGGCAGGCAUGCUACCUAAACAGUACGAAACUGUACUCAAAUGUGCCGCUCAGUCAAUAGGUUGGAAGAAAUCUGUGCUUGGGAAGAUUGUUAAGGUUUUUGAGCGGAAACUGAUCAAAGUGAAAGGCAUUCGCAACAAAAGGUUGAGGGCAUUGGGAGCCAAGAAGAGAACCAAGCUCGAAAGGAAGAAAAAGAUUGAGGAGGCACGUAUGGCCAAGUCAAUGAAUAUAGCUGCAAAGGGGGAUGGACUGCGAGCUCAAAUAACCAGUAAAACAAGAGCAAACGAUAAAGCUACCAAAAAGAGGAGAACCAGAGCGACCAGCGUCGCAAGUGCUCCCAGCAGGACACCCAGCCGUCGUGCGACAGCUCCUAGUAGAGCGACGAGCACAGCUAGUACCACCAGAGCGCCGAGCAGACCUCUGAGAGAAGGCAGAGCCACCAGAACUUCAUCAAGAGCUUUGUCGACUGAAAGCGACCCAGGUAGGGCGUGUACGACGAGCCAAACGUCUUGUGAUAUCGUUGCCGAGAGCCGACUUCCAACACUCGAGACAAGUGGCGCAGCUACUACUCCUGAUAUCAUUACUCCUGUCAUUGCAACACCCAGAGCUAGCAAAAUGAAUAGUCGUGUACGAUCGGUUUCACCGACUUCGGAGAUGCCGAAGAGACCAAAGAUCAUGGAAGCACCAAAGAGCGCAAGGACGAGUCGAGAGAACAGCAGAGCAAGGAGCGGAACACCUAGUAGUCGACCGCUGGCAGUGAGGACAAGAAGUAUGACGUCCUUAGCGCGCGAGUUGUAGAUUGUUAUGUAACUCUACUUGUAGUUUGCCCAUACCUUGAGCUGUAAAAGUUGUGUGUAUGGUGGAGUUGCACAAGGCUUGAGUGUCAAGUUCAUGAAUGAUCGAGUUCUGGAGGUCUUAGUCCA